CCACCCCAGUGCCCCUCUCCCCGCAGCCCCACCAUGCCGUUCAGCAACACCCACAACAAGCACAAGCUGAAGUUCUCGGCGGAGGAGGAGUUCCCCGACCUCACGAAGCACAACAACCACAUGGCCAAGGUCCUCACCCCCGCCCUCUACCAGCGCCUGCGAGACAAAGAGACCCCCAGCGGCUUCACCCUCGAUGACAUCAUCCAGACCGGCGUCGACAAUCCCGGCCACCCCUUCAUCAUGACAGUGGGCUGCGUGGCCGGGGACGAGGAGUCCUAUGAGGUCUUCAAGGACCUCUUUGACCCAGUGAUCCAGGACCGCCAUGGUGGCUACAAACCCACCGACAAGCACCGCACUGACCUCAACCACGAGAACCUCAAGGGAGGGGAUGACCUGGACCCCAAGUAUGUGCUGAGCAGCCGGGUGCGCACAGGCCGCAGCAUCAAGGGCUACUCCCUGCCCCCCCACUGCAGCCGGGGGGAGCGCCGCGCCAUCGAGAAGCUGUCUGUCACCGCCCUGAACAGCCUGGAGGGGGAGUUCAAGGGCCGGUACUACCCGCUGAAGGCCAUGACAGAGCAGGAGCAGCAGCAGCUCAUUGACGACCAUUUCCUCUUCGACAAGCCCGUCUCACCCCUGCUGCUGGCCUCGGGCAUGGCCCGUGACUGGCCCGACGCCCGUGGCAUCUGGCACAAUGACAACAAGACCUUCCUGGUGUGGGUGAAUGAGGAGGACCACCUCCGUGUCAUCUCCAUGGAGAAGGGGGGGAACAUGAAGGAGGUGUUCAGGCGCUUCUGCGUCGGCCUCAAGAAGAUCGAGGAGAUCUUCAAGAAGGCGGGCCACCCCUUCAUGUGGACAGAACACCUGGGCUACAUCCUGACCUGUCCCUCCAACCUGGGGACGGGGCUGCGGGGGGGCGUCCAUGUCCGCCUGCCCAAGCUCAGCCAGCACCCCAAGUUUGAGGAGGUCCUCAAGCGCCUCCGCCUCCAGAAGCGUGGCACAGGUGGCGUGGACACGGCAGCCAUAGGUGCCGUCUUCGACAUCUCCAAUGCCGACCGCCUGGGCUUCUCGGAGGUGGAGCAGGUGCAGAUGGUGGUGGAUGGGGUGAAGCUGCUGGUGGAGAUGGAGAAGAAGCUGGAGCAGAACCAACCCAUUGACGACAUGAUCCCCGCCCAAAAAUAGGGGAACCCCCACCUUGGGCACACCCCAGGACCAGCCUCAAUAAAUGCUGCUGGUCCCUGCUGUGAA